AUGGGGAACAAGGUCCUGGAUGCUGCUGAAGUGGCCAAGCAUAACAGUGCAGACAGCUGCUGGGUCGUGCUGUACGGGAAAGUCUAUGAUGUAACAGAAUUUCUCCAAAAACAUCCUGGCGGUGCCCAAAUAAUUCUCCAGCUCGCUGGUAAAGAUGCGACGGAUGAAUUCGAUCCUAUCCACCCUUCCGGCACCCUGGAGGAUAAUCUUAAACCGGAAGCAUUUCUGGGCACCAUCAAUCCGGAUACGUUAUCUAAGGCAACAUCCCAUGCUGAACCCGAGAGCAAGAUCGAACUGACGCCCAAUAAGGCCCCCUCCAUGUCCUCGCUUUUAAAUCUCGAUGACAUAGAAGCGGUGGCUAAGAAGCAAAUCAGCAAGAAGGCCUGGGCAUACUAUUACUCUGCCGCAGACGAUCUCAUAUCGAAAUCGCUAAACAACACCGUCUACCGCUCCAUCCUCCUCCGUCCACGGGUUUUCAUCGACUGCACAAAAUGCGACCUCUCCACCAACACGCAACACACGAAUCUACCCAUCGUCCUGAAGAGAUUACAGACGCAUGAGGAUGCGUAUAUCGCAUCAUUGCAUGCGCCACAGGUCAAGGCGAUUAUCCUGUCAAACCACGGCGGGCGGGAGAUGGACACGGCGCCAACAGCGGUGCAUACGAUCAUGGAGAUUCGGAAACAUUGUCCCGAGGUGUUUGGAAAGGUGGAGGUGUGGGUUGAUGGCGGGAUUAGGCGGGGCACAGAUGUAGUGAAAGCAUUGUGUCUGGGGGCACAGUGUGUUGGGGUUGGGAGGGCGCCGUUGUUCGGCCUUGGUGCCGGUGGCGUUGAGGGGGUUGAGCGAGUAUUGGAGAUUCUCUCCACUGAAACGGCAACAGCCAUGCGACUCCUGGGCGUCGAAAAGGUUGAUGAUCUAGGCAUGCAGCACAUUAAUGCCCGUGCCGUGGAGCAACAAAUAUAUGAUGGCCCAGUAGGACUGCACGCACUGGAUCGCUUGGUUAAGCCUAAAAUAUAA